GGUCCCCCCCCGGGACCCUUUAGACUAGGGGCUAUAUACUUAGUUCACUUGACUCCUACCCACAGAUAGGAAUCUACUGUUACUACUCAGCACUUUUUGCUUUAUAUAUUCUAUACUAAAAAUUGAAACGAGAGUUAUUGAUGCUCUCUGCCGUGCCGACACGGCUUCGAUAAAGAUGAGCACCACAAAUCGAGAUGGCGCAGCACAGCAUGGUUCACAUAGCUCAACUCGUUUAGACAAAGAAAACGAGGGACCUAUACAGUCCUCGGACAUCACUUUGCAUUCAGAUUCCUCUUCGUCGAUUGGGGAAGAUCCUGAAAAAAAUGCCGAGGGCACUCGCAGCACGGACCUGGAGAUGCUAGAGAGGUCGAUGUCAACACCACACUCGACCAGACAGGGACACCAGGAGAAAGCACCGGAAAAGGACCCGAACCUGGUGGAAUGGAACGGCCCGGACGAUCCAGAGAACCCUCAGAAUAUGCCAAAGUGGAAAAAAUGGGUCCUGACUAUGACCUUGUCUUCCUUGACGAUGUGGAUUACUUUCGCUAGUAGUGUGUUCUCGACAGCAACCGUGGUGACUGCAAAGGAGUACAACGUUUCAACCGAAGUUAUGACUUUAGCGACGAGUUUGGUGGUGUUUGGGUUCGCAGUCGGACCGUUGGUGUGGUCACCCCUCUCAGAAUUAUACGGACGGAGACUACCAUUGUUCUCUGGCUAUGCUAUCUUUGCGAUCUUCCAAAUCCCUGUUGCAGUGGCACAGAAUGUUGAAACCAUCAUGCUGUGCCGUUUUCUCAUGGGUGUGUUUGGUUGCUCUCCCCUGGCCGUGGUGGGUGGCGCCAUGGCUGACUUCUGGGACCCGGUGGACCGUGCUGUGGCCAUUGCUUGUUUCUCGGCGGCGACCUUCGUUGGACCUGUCAUUGGUCCUAUUGUGGGUGGCUUCAUUACAGAGUCGCACCUUGGUUGGCGGUGGACAGCUUGGAUUACAUUGAUAGCCUCGGGCUCGUUCGGUACUCUUGCGCUCUUUAUAGUUCCAGAAACCUAUGGUCCGGUCAUCCUUCAGAAACGUGCGGCUCGCCUGCGUCGGGAGACCGGUAACUGGGCGUUGCAUUCGUUCUUGGAUGAACAUCGCCCAACUGCAUCGGAAAUCGUCACAAAAUAUCUCCUGCGUCCGAUCCAAAUGCUUUUCCUCGAACCGAUUCUUUUGGCCAUUACGAUUUACCUAGCCUUUAUCUAUGGUAUUCUCUAUCUGUUUUUCGAGGCGUACCCAGUCUCCUUCCAGGAAGUUCGAGGCUGGACGAAUGGGGGUGUGGCAGGACUGCCGUUCAUUGGUAUCAUGAUUGGAGUCCUCUGCGGUGUCGCUUUGAUCAUCUGGCAGACAAAGACUCGCUUUGCACGGAAAUUGGCGAAACACGGUAGAGUCGUGCCCGAAGAGCGCCUGGUUCCCAUGAUGAUUGCUUCGGUCCUGUUGCCAGCCGGUCUCUUCUGGUUUGGUUGGACCUCGGAUCGUAACGUGUCGUGGGUGCCACAGGUGAUUGCAGGUGUGCCCAUAGGGAUGGGUAUCUUGGUUAUCUUUAUGCAGGGCCUCAACUACAUCAUUGACGUUUACAUGAUGUUUGCCAACUCGGCUAUCGCUGCCAACACCUUGAUCCGGAGUAGUUUGGGUGGCGCCUUUCCACUCUUUGCCGUGCAAAUGUACCAUAGACUGGGCGUCAACUGGGCAUCUAGUCUACUUGGAUUUCUUACCAUCGCCAUGAUACCCAUCCCAGUUAUCUUCUUCUUUUAUGGUAAAAAGAUACGUGCGAUGAGCAAGUUUACACCGAAGUUCUAAGGUUGGCGUUUGCCAGACUUGGGCAUCAUCUCAUCUUCCGCUCCAUUAGAGACCAAGCAAUACAUAUAUCAAGCAUGGUAUGCAUGUUGUCUCAUUUUUGAUCGUUAGCUCAGCGUCAUAAUUGGGCUCUUAAACGAUAAUGUUUAUUUCCUAGAGGUGUUCAUUGCAUAGCGAGGAUACACUGUAUGAAUGUUGGUAAUGUUUACUUUUGAUCUCCUCUUGAUUACCAUGUACUUAGCAAAAAAAAAAGAGAUUGAAGGCAUCAA